CGAGAGGAUGAGGAGCUCUUCGGAGGGCGGCACGGCCCCGUUGUGCCCGGUUUUCCCGGUAAAAGGGCCAUUCCCGCUCAGCCGGGGGCGGGAAAGGGACGGGCGCCACUGCGCCAGCGCCGGGGGCGUGGCCUCGCCGCGAUUGGCCGCGCAGCCUGACGUCAUGCAGUGCGCCGCGGGGCGCGCCGGCGCGCUGGGGGCCGCGUGGUUGCGCUUGGUGGCGCGGAGCGGGGCUCGGCGGUCGCUCCCUCCCCGCACCGGCGGCAUGGCGGAGCCGGGCCCCGCGCUCAGCGGCGCCGAGGAGGUGCAGCCGGCCCCCGGCGACAAGGAAGAGGCGGCGCCGGCCCCUAAGAAGCGGCGGCUGGCGGCCGGGGAGCGCUACGUGCCGCCGCCGCGGAAGCUGAGCACGGGGGUGAGCUUCGGACCCGAGCACUUCGCCGAGACCUCCUACUACUUCGAGGGAGGGCUCCGCAAGGUCCGGCCCUACUACUUCGAUUUCCGCACCUACUGCAAGGGCCGCUGGGUGGGCCGCAGCCUCCUGGACGUGUUCAGCACCGAGUUCCGCGCACAGCCCCUCGCCUACUACCGGGCCGCCGCCCGCGCCGGCCGCCUGCGCCUCAACGAGGAGCCGGUGCGCGACCUGGACAUCGUGCUCAAGAAUAAUGAUUUUCUGAGGAACACGGUGCAUCGCCAUGAGCCACCAGUCACCGCCCAGCCCAUCCAGAUCCUGGUGGAGAACGAUGAGGUGGUGGUUGUGGACAAACCCUCCUCUUUGCCAGUCCAUCCCUGUGGCAGGUUCCGUCACAACACCGUCAUCUUCAUCCUGGGCAAAGAGCAUGAUCUGAAGGAGCUGCACACCAUCCACCGGCUCGAUCGCAUGACCUCGGGAGUCCUGAUGUUUGCCAAGACCGUGGAGGUGUCCAAGAGGAUCGAUGAGCAGGUUCGGGAGAGACAGCUGGAGAAGGAGUACGUCUGCCGCGUGCUGGGGGAGUUCCCGGAGCACCAAGUGGUCUGCGAAGAGCCCAUCCUGGUUGUUUCUUACAAAGUGGGAGUGUGCCGCGUGGACCCCAAGGGGAAACCCUGCAAAACCGUCUUCCAGAGACUCAGUUACAACGGCAAGACCAGCGUUGUCAGGUGUCUUCCGCGCACCGGCCGCACGCACCAGAUCCGGGUGCACUUGCAGUACUUGGGGCACCCUAUUGUCAAUGACCCCAUCUAUAACAUGGAAGCCUGGGGACCCGGCAGGGGCAAAGGUGGGAAAAUCGAUAAAACGGAUGAAGAACUCCUGAAGGCGCUGGUCGAGGAGCAUCGUUCCAAACAGAGCUUGGAUAUCUUGGGUAUUUCAGAGGAGGAUUUGAACUCCAACGCUGAAAAUACCGACUGUGGUAAUUCAAGCGACGGCACAAAGUCUGUGCAGGUUGAUCCUACAAAUGAGAACUCCUGCCCUGCCGAGGACACGAAGGAUCCCGAGAAAAAUGACACAGCAGCUUGUCUGCUGAGCUCUGAUCCCAGCCUGGAAACGCUUGAAACAAAUAAAGAAGCGGGCUCCUGCAAGAAUCAGGAGGGGCAGACGGGAGACAGGAGUUGGGAGGAGAAGGACCCCUUGUGCGUGGAGUGUAAAACGCGGCGGCGGGACCCGUCCCCCCGCGAGCUGGUCAUGUUCCUGCACGCCCUGCGCUACAAGGGAGCCCAGUUUGAGUAUCGCUCCAAGAUGCCCCAGUGGGCUCUGGAGGACUGGGAGGAAUGACCGGGAGCAUCGCUAGUCGGGAAAGCGGCUUGUAAAGACCUAAGAUUGUGUUUUUCAGUGUGGUUGAGGUGAACAAACUGCCCGUGGCUUGAGAAGGGUCGUUGGGGCUGGAGAGGUGUCCCGGGUGCCGAAAGGCGCUGGAAAAGAUGAGCAGGAAAACGGGGCUGCAGCCCUGGAUUUGUGUUGCCCUUUCCACCUGCACUUCAGGGCAACAGCCGCCCCUCGGCACGGGCAGCUCUGUCACCUCAGCCUGGGCCGGGUCUGCCCUGAUGAUCCACGCAGAUAAUUCAGUAGAAGUCAGCACCCGAUUCUUCUUCCACCCUGCUGCGAUGUUGUCAUAUUUUAUAAUUAGAGCGGCUGGAAUGCUGUUCGAUAUGCUGGAUGUAAUGUCAUAUACAAAACUAUUUUUACUGCAUUCUGUUGUCAGACUGAUUUUAAAAGCCAAAUGUUAUGACUGGGAGUGCUGAAAUUAAAAUGCCAGCGCUGUGAAGCUGAUGCAUUUUGUGCUGCUUGUUUGUUAGGAGAUGGACUUUGCUUUGAAAUUGCUCUUUCAGAAUUGGUUCACGUGAUGACUUUCUGCCCCUGUGACUGAUCUCCUGCCUCCUCAAAACCAUCUGGCUCCUCUUCUCUGUCCCUUCUGCCCCGUUGCAAACAUCUUCAUACUUGAGCAGAAAUCCAAAGUGGAGGUCACUCUGCCAACUUCUGUUUCUUUAAGUUAUUUUUUUAAACCACACCAGCUGGUGUGGAAUUGUUUCUAAUAUCACUUCAGUGAGCUGUGUUUUAAGAAAAACAAAAGCUGUUUUAUCAACCAGAUGACUUUUUUUAAUACAUUGUACAUUAAUAUGUUUCCAGGAUGAUAGAUACCACUCUAGUUCUUAUUUUGUGGUUGCUUCUUGGCCACUGGGAGGGUUAUUAUAACAAUUCUGCUGUCUCAGGUUCUAUUUUAUGUAAUUGUUUAAACCUUUUCCCACACGUUUCCAGUGGCAAUGCCCAGCUCCCCGGCUGCUGCACACACUCGGCACCCUGACUCUCCUACACAGGCCACACGCACAGUGUUCUACGCUUCUAAAGUACCAAAGAAACCUUUUUCAAAGGUGAAUAAAGGAAUCCAGAGGACCUGA